GAAUUACUUCGCUCCCUUUUAUUUAUCUGAGACUUUGUACGUACAUAUGUAAACAAAUUUUUGUAUCCAUAUGAAUGCAUGCAUCAUUAAGAGUGUGAUGUUCGUGAGGCCAGCGCCCACACCCCGAGUGCUCCGCCAGCAUUAACAGGCAUCCUUGAAGCCUGGCGGUCACCUCCAGUGUUCAGAGGAACCUGCUCGCCCCUCCCACCAGCCUCUCACCUGCCUCCUGCUAGCUCCUGCCUCCUUCACCAGUCCUUCCUGGCGCGCCGCAGCCACCACUACGUGUCGCCCUGUCCACCUCUCCAAUCUAAGAUGCUCUCCACCCCACUGCUGGUUUUGGUGAUGGCGUCGUGUCUGGCAGGACAGGUGGCGUGUCGUCCUCGUGACACGGUGGCAUCAGACGACAACGACGUGGAGUUAACAGCAGGCACCGUCGCCUUCCCCAGCCACCAGUACGGCUCCUUCGUCGGCGAGGUGCAAGUGUCCUCAGACCAUCUCAGCGUCAGCCGCGCCAACAGGUUGAAGAAUGCCUCCUCUGGACCUAGAGUCUCUGCCUUGGUGGCAGGGCCUCCGGAGGGCUCUGAGGUGAGCGUGGGGUCGUCUCCCGGCCUCUCCGUCUCCGGCGCCACCCUCUUCUUCAACAACCCAGCCCAGGUGGUCCCCAUCACGCCCUGAAGCUCCCACACACCUCUCAAACCUAGCGACUUUCCGCUACAUCUCUCCCUCAGUCUGCCGAGGUUCUCCUUUCAGCAGCCCAGAGCGUCUUUAUGUUGGAAAGAUUCCAUUAUAUAUAUAUAGCACAACAUUUGUGAAGAUAAAACCUGUAUACAUAUA